CGGCAGCAUGGCGGGCGGCGAGAGCUGGCGGCCUCCCCGGCCUUGCGAGGACUACUGGUGGGAGUGGAAGCACUGCCGAGGCCUGCGGCACGCCUUCCACCAUUACUACGCCCACGGGGAGCUGCCGGCCUGCGGGCGGUGGAAGGAGGACUACGAGGCUUGUCGUUCCUGGGAACGGGACCGAGACACCGCAGCGCAGGAAGCUCUGUGCCAGCGUGAAAGAGCUCGAGUUAUGGAAAGGCAGAAACACGCCCCGGUGUGGAGGCUGAGGAAGAGCCCCCCCCCCGACUGGUACCUGCCCCUCGACCAGGACAAACCCAACUAGCCCCAGGACAAACUCAACUAGCCCCGGCGUUGCCGUGGGGGGUCAGUCCCCCCUGCGCUGGGCUGUGCCCGCUCUCCUCUGGCAAUCACGGGGCUGUAGCUCUGCCCACAAAACUUCCAGAAACACCGAGAGUUUAUUUCAACCCCCAGUAUUUUUUUUAAUGGAGGUGCUUAAUUUGAUUCUCGCCUCUUGCUACUGUAUGAGUUUGAGGUUUCACCUCAGCAGCAGCUCCUCUCCCCGGAUGAGGAUUCGCCUCUGGGACAGGGCACCCGCCCCUGGGAAGAAAGGAUCCCACUGGGGCUGCUCCUGCCCGCUCAGGACAAUCACCACCACCCCGUGCAAGAGGCGUUUCCCAGGGACCCGCCUGCGGUGGGUGCGGAGCUGCUCGGCUGGGGGGGGUGAUGCUGCAGCCCCUCAAACCACCCCCUGCCCGGCCCCGCUGUCGGCCGUCGUGUGUGUCCACAGCAGUGUUCAAAACCACGACAAAAAUAAAGGUUUGUGUGAAUGAA